UCCCUAACCCCAAAAUGUCACAAAUAAACAAUUAGUUUGAGCCCAAAAUGAGUUACAACUCGGCUGACGAACAAAGCGAGGAUGGCGAGCUGCGCCAGAGCCCCGAGACCUCGCGCCAGAAGGACGACACGAUGGAUUUCAGUUUGUCCGAGGAGGACGGCGAAAACAUCGACUCGCUCGACAUCAAGCCCCCACAGGCCCGCGUGGCCUCGCAAAGCUCGCGGAACAAACGGCGCGAGGGCCACGAGAGCCGUUCCCACCACAAGCGCUCCGAGCGUCACCGCGAAGAGCGACACUCCCACCGCGAGAAACACCACCGGGACAAGCAAUCCCGGUCGAAUAAAGAGCGCGAACACUACCAGCGGGAGAAGGAGCGCUACUACCGGGAACAAAUCACUUACAGCGAACUGCAAUACUACCGGGAACGCAAGGAGGACCCGCCGAGGUCCAGGCAUUCAGAUGCGAGGAAAUACGAGGAGAAGAAGGUUAAGGAGGGGCGCGGGGGCGAAAAACACCGGAGGUAUGAGGAGGAGAAGAGGGAUAGGGCUGAUAAAACACUGCAGGAUUUAAGGGAGCGUUUGUUGAGCAAAAGGACCACCAAAGGGGAUGAGCUGGAGAAGGGGGAGCGUGACAAGGAGCGGAAGUACCGGGAGGUGGAGACGCUGGAUAGUGCGCUACAAGGGGAGGCUGGUAUGUACGUCAAGGAAAUUAUUAAUAUAAGUACAGGGGAAGAGCACAAGAGACACAAGAGGGAGGAGAAGGAGCUGACGGAGGAGGAAAGGGCGCAGCAGGAGUUGAGGAAAGAGAAAUUAUUGGAAGCUGAGCGCGAAAUGGCCAGGAUGAAGGAACAAUCACGGAUGGAACGUGAGAGACGCCACGCCAAGCGGAAGCAACAAGACGAUGACGAUUUUUACAACAAGAGACUAAGAGUGGAGGAGACGAACGUGGUCACGGUUUCAGACAAUUCGGACGAAGAGUUGGAAGUUCAGUACGAAGAGACUGAUAAUAAGAGCGAUCACAGUGAGGAAAGUGCCAGGAGUAGCACCAAUUCUAGACACUCACGAUCUGAUCAUUCGUCCGAUUCACGGGAGCGAAGUGUUUCGUCCGAACGUAAAUCGCGAAGUCGGAGUGUGAGCAGUGAACGCUCAGCGUCAGUCUCGCCAAAGAACGGACGCGAAGCGUCUGAAGAAAAAGAAGUUGUCGAGGAAAAAGAGAAGAAGGAGGAGAGCAAGCCGAAGAUUGAUGAAGACCUACCACCGUAUUACCCGGCCGUGCAGGGCUGCCGGUCCGUGGAGGAGUUCCAGUGCUUGAACCGAAUCGAAGAAGGCACUUACGGGGUGGUUUACCGGGCCAAAGACAAACGAACUGAAGACAUAGUCGCUCUAAAAAGACUGAAAAUGGAGAAGGAGAAAGAAGGGUUCCCGAUCACCUCCCUACGCGAGAUCAACACACUUUUGAAAGGCCAGCACCCGAACAUCGUCACCGUGCGCGAAAUCGUAGUCGGGAGCAACAUGGACAAGAUCUUCAUCGUGAUGGAUUACGUCGAGCACGAUUUGAAAUCCUUAAUGGAAACAAUGCGGCACAAGAAGCAAAAUUUCAUGCCGGGCGAGGUCAAGUGUCUCCUCAAACAACUACUCCUUGCGGUGGCACACCUCCACGACAACUGGAUCUUGCACCGGGACUUGAAAACCUCGAACCUUUUGCUCUCCCACAAAGGCAUCCUCAAAGUCGGUGACUUCGGCUUGGCGCGCGAGUACGGCUCCCCCCUGAAGGCCUACACCCCGAUCGUGGUGACCUUGUGGUACCGGGCCCCCGAGCUGCUCCUCUGCACGAAGGAGUACUCGACCCCCAUCGACAUGUGGUCGGUGGGGUGCAUUUUCGCCGAACUGCUUCUAAUGAACGCGCUGUUCCCCGGAAAAUCGGAAGUCGAUCAGUUGAACCGCAUCUUCCGGGACUUGGGGACGCCGAGCGAGAAGAUCUGGCCGGGGUUUAAUAAACUACCCGCCGUGCAAAAAAUGAAGUUUAGCGAGUAUCCCGUCUCGAAUUUACGCGCAAAGUUCAACAUGUUGACGGAUUUGGGGCUGAAUUUGCUGACCAAGUUUUUGACGUUUGAUCCGGCGCAGAGAGUCACAGCGGAGGAGGCGUUGCAACAUACGUAUUUCAACGAAGCCCCGCUGCCCAUUGAUCCCGCGAUGUUCCCGACCUGGCCGGCGAAGAGCGAGUUGGGGCAGAAGAGGGCCCUGGCUGCAAGCCCCAAACCGCCGAGUGGGGGCGGGGAGUAUAAGAAAUUGGGGGGCGAUGGUGACGACGACGGUUAUGGCUUCCGGAUAGGCAUGGGUGUGGAAAAUAGGCGAAUGGGGGGCGGGUUCAGUCUCAAGUUUUAAUCCUUUAUUAUAAUGUAAAUUAUAAAAAAAGUAGAAA